AGGAACCCGGAUUCUCAUCCUAUACGCUCUAGAGACCAAAAUGGAAUGAAUUAUCAACAGUAUGGACAGCUAGGCAGAUUGUCACAGACACAGGAACUUCCCAGAGGUCGAGUGAACCAACUACGAUCCAGCACCGAAAGUUUGCCCACUUUUGCUUCCUCCAAGGAGAGUCGAAUUGGCAAAGGUCAAGGUCACAUUCCUGAAAAUGACCUUGACCAGCAGAGCAACCCAAGUCGUCAUGGUAGCAGGGACAAUUUAGACAGUGAUUACCAGAGUUCUGUGGAAAUUAAUCAGAAUAGUGUGGAUUUCCAUGGAAAUGUGUAUCCAUUGCCUGGCAACCAGUUUCAAGGUCAGUUGAGCAGGCAGGCUUCGCAAAGUGAUUUACUUAGUGACCAUUCGUUGUCGGACAGAGAAAAUGUGCUGCGGAGGAGUAUUGAAGACUUUCACAAGUUCAAGGAGGCCUACAGAGAAUUUCAGGGUCAGGCUGCUCAUUUGCCGGAAACCGGUUACUAUGCAAAUGGGGACAUUCAGCCCAUGCCGUCACAUCAGCAUUACCAUGCAGCUGAACACCCAUAUGAUCAAGGGCAUUAUGCUCAUUUUCACAACCCUGACCAUAUUACUGCUCAUCCUAUGCAUCAUCAUGGUUAUGAUGAACAUUACCAUGGGAACGCUCAUCAUGAAGCCCACCAUCAUUUCCGGAACAUUUAUACAGAUCGCCCAUACCACAUGAUUGGUGAUAGGGAGGAAGCUGAGGGUGGGAAUGUUGUAGACAGCAUGGGAUACUAUCACCAUAAUUACCAAAACCACGGUUACCAUGCUGGUGGCCAUAUUGACCAAUCAGAUCAAGGCAUACCUAACUACAAUUCUCAGGCAUUUCAGAGUGCGGACCAAGGUUUCUUUUCACAUAACAAUGAAAAAACUGCAGUGGAAACAACAGUACUGCCAACUCAGACCUCUGUCAAAUCUACCACACAGCCCAGCCAAAGUGCGCCAAGUGGCAGAAAAUUACCUCAAGUGACGUAUAGGUUGCAAAAUGUUUCCAAUGAUGCACACAAAGAUCAGAACAAGAAUAUGAACAUUGUGGCCCAAUCAAAGUCUCGUGAUAAAAGUGUGGAGGGGAAAGACAAAGUGUCAGAAGGGAUUGCAUUAAAAGUGAAGUAUGAUAGAGAUAGCGGGGGUAAACGGGAAAGUGAAAGGUCAGACAGAGAAAGCAGUGAACAGACAGUGGAGACGGAAUUUAUGGAACAAGCUGGCAGCGGGGACAGUCAACAACUUGCACAGCUUCAGAUCCUGUACAAAGCGCGUGGGAGGAAGCUGGAAGAGCUCACCAACGAAAUGGAGGUUCUAAAGGGUGAAUCAGGGAGAGAACUCCGUAUUCUCAAGCACCAGUUGUCCGUUGCAAAGGGGGAAAAGGAGGGAUCCAGCAAAAGUGUGGAUAGUCUGCAAUCCCUGCUGCAAGAGGCCAAGGGAGAUAAUGCCCAGCUUGUGGGACGUGUGCAUGCAUGCGAGUCGCAGAUCGAGGGGCUUAAAAAGGCCAAGGAAGAGCUCAUCAAGAAACUCCAGACUGCAGAGUCCACCAUAGAGACUCUACACCAACACUUGGAAGAAAUGGGCUCCUCCGACACAUUGACCCGGGCGAGACAUGAUCACGACACAGUGGUCUGUGGCUUGCAGAAGAAGUAUGAGACAGAGAUCAAACAUCUGCAGGAACAUGUGGAGAAACUAAAAGACACUGUACAGGAAAAGUCUGAGGAAUGCCGUCUGCUCAAACAGAAGCUUGCAGACAGUAUUCAAGCCUCUGAGUCGGCCCAGAUCACCCGUGCAGAGACUAUAAAUAGACUGACCCAGAGUCUGGAGGAGAGUCAGAAAAGAUGUCGCAAUCUUCUAGAGGCUUCCUCAUCGCAGGAAUUGAGUCAGAUGAAGAUCCAUUUUCAACAGGCUUUGGCUGCGAGGACCAUUUCAGACGAGAUGUGCUCAAGUCUUCAGGAGGAAAUUCAAGAUCUCAAAGAGCAGGUACAGAUGCUGGAGUCUGCCUCCAACUUGGGAGUAUCCAUGGCUGCGGGUGUUCAGUCGUCAACAGCAACGGCGUUCCAUGAUCAGAACGACUCCAUGGCAGACUUGGGCAUCAAGAAGACCCUGGACUUUGAUACUCCUCAGGGGACUCCUACCAUUGUCAAACAUCACUCAGUUACUAACCAGUCCAGUGAUGUAGUUAGCAGUCUUAAAUCCGAGUUGGAGAGAUGCUUGGUGAGCAACAAACAAAAGAGAGCGGAAGUCACAGAGCUUAAAGAGGAGCUGAGGAAAUUCAAGAAGGACAUGCUAGAGUACAAGCAGAGAUGUGAGAGAGCAGACUUACUGACUCAGGAACAGAAGCGUCGCAUCACUGACCUGGAGUCAUGCCUCAGCCCUGGCGAGAAGACCAACGCUAUUGAGAAUAGGCUCAAGAAGGACAUCGAGAACUUGAAGAGGGAAAAGAAAAUCCUGCUUGAAGAUGUUGAGGAGCUACAGAGGAGGCUAGACGAGGUAUCCAAGAGUGAAGAAAAACUCACUGAGCUGAACAGAGAACUGAGUAAACAGAUCAGUGACAUGGUGAAAGAAUAUGACCAAGACAAACGACAGGCUGUAGAAAGGGCACAUCGUGCAAGUGAGCAGGUUGCAGAAACGUCUCGCAACAAACUACGACAGGAACUCACUAUAGAGUUUGACAGCGAGCGUUCAAAUAUCAUCGCCAAGUAUGAGAAAGAAUGCAGUAAUCUUAGAGAGGAGAUGAAGUCAGCCCAGGAUGAGAUAGACAGGGUGAAGGACGAGUACUGUAAGCUUUGUGCAGACACAGACCAGCUGAAAUGUGACCUGGAGAAACAGUUCCAGGAACAGCUUAGAGAAUCUCUGAAUCAGGUCAAAGAAGAAAUGACCAAAGAAAUGGACCUUGCUAAGUUAAGGACAGAAGAAGAUUGUGAUAAACAAAAAGAGACUGAAAUUCAAAAUCUCAAAGAUGAGUUUGAGCAAAUUAAAGACAAAAUUAGGGAAAAUGUGCAAUCUGAGUGUAGGAAGGACAAUGAAAAGGCCAUUCAAGAACUUAAUGAAGAACAUGAGAGUAUAAAACAGGAGUUUAGAGAAAAGUUUGAACAUGAAUUGAAGUCAAUGAAAGACAUACUGGAAAUGGAAAGAAGUAACGAUUUAGAAAAGUUGGACAAGGAAAAAUUAAAUGAAAUUGAGAAACUAAAGAAAGUAAUUAUUGAUAAGGAAUUGUAUGUUAGUGAUCUAAAGAAGGAGAUAAAAGAAAAAGAAAUGUUGUUGGCCGAAAAGGAAAAGGCUUUAGAAAAAUUGAAGUCAGAAACAGAAAGUAAGAUAGCUGUUAUAGACGGACUUAAAAAUGAGUAUAAGACAAACUUUGAUGCAUUCAGGGAUGAUUUAUUUGAGAAAAAUGAAAAAAUUGAUCAGUUAAGUAAUGAAAUUGAUGAGAAAGUUAAAAUUAUUGAAAAUCUGAAGGAAGAGAUUCUAAAUUUUGAGAAGCUUAAAGAGGUAUUAAAGUGUAAGAAUGAAGAACUUGAGCGACUGAAAGUGGAUAAAGAAUCUAGUCAAUCUGAAUUAAUGGCAGCAAAAGAAAAGGAAAUAGAAUCACUUCGGACUAAAAUAAGUGAAAUCGUUCUGUCAAAGGAUGAAGAAAUUAGGCAGUUACAAUCUGAAAUUAACAAAAUGAAGAGAGAUAAAGAUUCUUUGAGAUUAAGUGUUGAAAAGAAUGAUGAAGAAAUUAACAAACUCAAGAAUGAGAUUGAAAGAAUUGAAAAGGAAAAGGAUCUGGAGACAGAUCAAUGGAGAAAAGACGAAAUGGAAAGAGAGGAGGUAUAUUCUCUUCGUAAAGAUAUUGAAAAAAAUAUUCUGAAAGAUACUCAAAUGGAGAACGAAACUCUGAAAAAAGAAGUGAUUAACCUGAAACAUGAACUAGACAGAAUUGAAACUGAAAAACAACAAGAAGUUGACAGAGUAAGCCGAAUUAAACAGGCAGAGAUUGAAAACCUGGAUAAAAGAAGAAACACGGAGUUGGAUAAACUUAGGAAAGAGAAGGAGAAUGCAGUUGAAAGGAUCAAAGCAGAGAAAGAUGAGAUUGAAGCAAUCAAAGUGCAGAUUGAGGAAGAACUUUUCAAACUGAAGAGAGCAAAAGGGUCCAUCAAUCUGGAUGAGGACCUGUCAUCCAAAGUACGGGAAAGGCUCAGCAAAGGUACAGAAGAAGACUUGAACAGAACUGUUGAAACAAAGGUUGCCAUGUCCAAGGUUGUCUGGCUGGAGGAGCACAGGGCCACGCGGCAGGCUGCCAUUGACAAUGCAGUGAGACUGGCGGAGUCAGAGAUGAGAAUGAAGAUGGAGGAGGACCUGGAGAAUAAACUGGAGGCCAGGCUGCAGGAAGUGAAGCUCCAGUGGCAGAGGGACAGCAUGUCUCAGCUAGAGGAGGAGAGAAGGAGCUGGGAGAACUUGAAGGAGGAGGAGUUAACCUCCAGACUGGACACAAAACUGGAGGAGGCAAAGCAGGAGUGGAGAGAUUUUGAACUCGAGACAGAAAAACUCAAGUGGAGCUCUGAAUGGGAGCAACGUCUAUUGGGAGAGAGAGAAUCAUGGAUAAAGAAUGUGCUCGAACCUGCCAAGAGGCAGUUGAAACAGCAGUUUGAGGAAAAACUCAGGAUGGAACAGGAGAAUUGGCGUUGUGUUGAGCUGGAAACAGAGAAGCUGACACUCCUAAGGGAAUAUGAGACACGGUUGUCCCAGGAGAGACAGUCUUGGAUAAGUAAAACUCUGCCUGAAGCCCUGGCAAAAGAAAAGAGCAUAUGGAAAACAUACAUGGAGGAAUCCUUGAAAAAACAGCAGGAAAAAUGGCAGAACAUUGAACUUCCUAAGGAGAUGGAGAAGGUGAAAGGUCAAUAUCAGAGGUCAUUCGAAGAAAAGCUGCAGGCAGAACAUGAUACAUGGAGAAACACAGAGUUGCCGAAGGAGAUUGAUAAAGCCAAAGACAAGUGGUUUCAAGAAGUUGAAGGGCGACUACGGGAGGAACGUAACAACUGGAAAAACUGUGAUCUGCCAGAAGAAAUUGAGAAGGAGAGGAGGAAAUGGAUGAAGCUAAUGGAGCAGACCCUGAUGAAGGAGAAGGAAAACUGGAAAACACGGGACAUGCCUGCAGAGGUGGAAAUGGUUAGAAAGAGCCUGGAAUCUGAGAUGGAAACCAGACUGCUUAAGGAACUGGGUCAAGAGAAAGACAAGCUGCAAAAGGUGAACCUGGCUGUAGAAGAGGCGAGAGCUGACUGGAACAGGGAGUACAAGAUGGAGAUGUCCAUCAACACAACCAGCGCAGAGGCAUCUCAGGGGCUUCUCAAAGAGGAGAUAGAGAGGUUGAAGAGCCAGCUGGAGUCAUUGCAGACAGAACUACUGGAUAAGGAAAGUGGCUGGCUGAAGGAGAAAGAGGACAUCAUACUGCAGAAAGAGCUUGAGAGACGUAAAGACCUUGACACUUUGACGGAGCAGACAGAAUCUGAGUACAAGCAGUUCCUUGAUGAACACAAAGACAUGUUAGAUAAAGCACUAAAGAAGGCCAGGGAACAGCAUAACCAAGAUAAGUCUGAGUUGGAGGAGAGGUUCAACACCCAGAUGAAGUUACUGCAGGCCAGGGAGAAGUCUCUACAGGAGCAGCUUAGGAAAGCUCUGGAGGGAUCACAGGGCCAUCAUGAAUCCCUAGCAGAGCUUGAAAAGGAGCAGGUUCAGUGGUUUGAAGAGAGGAACAGACUGCUGCAAGAUAUCUCUGACAGGGACUCACUGCUGGGCAAAGCAGAUGUACACCUCUCAAAAGAGAUUGAUAAAUUGAGAGCUGAGCUACAGACGGCCUAUCAGCAGAGACUGGAAAGGGAGAUAAAUUCGUCCAGGCAGAAGCUGGAGGCAGAGUAUUCAAGGGCAAACAACUCUGAGCAGAAGGAGAAACUGCAGUUGGAGAAGCAGUUGAGUGAGGUGAACUCAGAAGUCGGGAAGUUGAAAGCAACUUUGACUAAGGAGAAGGAGAAAUCUGCAGAAGAGUUAAAGUUGAUAACAGAGAAGGUUCAGUCCCUAGAGACGCAGGUUGAAGACAAAAACAGGCUGGAAGGUGAACUUAAGAAAGCCAAAGAAUUGCUCAAGGGCUUCAAAGAUGAGCUGACAGAGACCCAGGGGAAGUGUGAGAAGUACAAACAGGAAUGUGAUGAAUUGAACAUAAAAUUGAGCAAAGGCGUUCAGAAUCAGGAGAAACUGCAGGCUGAGCUUCAAAAAGUGAAGGAGGACCGGUCUACGAAUGUGGAGUCCGCACAGAAUCUGGAGACAAGCUAUAGGAAGGAGAUUGCCAGCUGUACACAGAGACUUGAGGAGUUGUCUGCCCGCAAUUCCAAGAUGGAGAAACUACUCAAGGACAUGAAACACAAAUACAGAACGGAAUUAGAAAGCCUUCGCAAAGCUCUCGAGGCCGAGAACGAAGUUGCCAUGAAUGCCAUGAAGACAAAAAUGAUUGAACUCCAGAAGAAGCACUUUACCAUCGUGGAUGAGCUCAAACGUAAACACCUGCUGGAGAAAGAGGCCUUGUUGAAGCAUGGUCAGGCUGCAGGCGUGGGGCGGGGCAUCACACCGACACCCAACGUGCAAGGAGAAGUAGAAGAAAUUGACAAGACAGUGACAGAGCUGAGGUCCCAGUAUCUGGACACGGUUGCAAAGAUCAAAGACGAUGUUUUGCGUCACAUAACACAGACAAACGUGCGGGCGGCAGAAACAGUGAAGAUAGAAAUGGAUCGAGAGAGAAUGACGACGUUUCAACAGAUCAAGGACUUCUAUAGGCAGAAUGUCAGAACCAUCUUGGAGACUGAACUUGUUGGGGCCACACUGGAAAGCAAGCUUUUAGCUGUGGAAGAGGCUCUUGAAAACUUGUCCAGCAAUCCAAGUUCGCGCUCAACAACUCCAAAAUCAGAUGAAUUCAUCCUUGACGAACGCCAGUUGAAAUCUCGAUCCCGUUCCACCUCACGGGAUGCAGGAAUUUCGCCAAAAGGUCAAAGGUCAGUGUCGUUCACGAGUGGCACAAAAGGUGAAAGGUCACGGACACCAGUGUUGAAUUCUGGAAAGGACAUAAGUGUGAGUUCUAGCAUAUAUGAGGACCCUUUCAGCCCCAAGAAUAGAUCUUUCACAAAAUCGCCUCGAGAGAUGAAUAUUACCAUGAGAGGGGAUAGAUACAACGAAAAUCCUGAGCCGUUUGGAAUGCAUGAUAUGAAAAACGAUCCCCAGAAUGUAAACUCUUUUAAUACAAGGCGUUCAGAGAAUCGACCUACUUCUGCCAAAUCGUCAAGGGAACUGCGAGAAUUUGACACCUGUCUUCCUGAAAAUAGACCGCUCUCUGCGAAAUCUCCCAGAGAGAUGCACAUCUCCCUGAGAAAUAAGAAUUCUGAUUUCGAUUUCGAGGAAGGCAGACAAAGAAAUACUAGCGGUGAUAAGAAACGAUCAAGGACUCUUAUCUCCACGCGUGACAUACAUUCCGGACGGUAUAAUCGCGCCGGAGAUGACGAACAGAAUUUCGAUGAUGAGAAAUCAGCUUUCCGUGACACUGAAAUGGGAAGGGCUAAGAGCACCACACCAUUGUACUCAAGUUUGGCAAGAUCUUCACCCUCAUUGUACCGACCUAUAUCUGUGCCCGACCUCAGUUCUGAAGACAAAGAGCUGAAACUAUGGACAGAUAAUAAUAAUGACACCUAUAGGUACACACCAUUGAGAGACACGCUUACAAGGGCCAGUACGAACCUGCAUAGAAACAAUAGCAAAUCAGAAUCAGACCUCAGCAUAGCUGAUAAAAACUUUGGACCCCUAAAGCCGGAUUAUGAUUCAAAUUUGGACUUGUCAACAGGAAGCCUUGCGUCUGAUAUGUUCAUGACGCCACGAAAGUCUAGGGACGCGGGUGAAACUCCCACUAGCACACCACGAAAACAUACACACCGUAAACACUACACAAUGCACAGCUUUCCUUCAAGCGACCAGAUAAAGUCUGAACUGCGGAACCGUGAUGCAAAUUCUGGUGGCCAAUCGCAGUACCGGAACCGAGAUGGCAAAGAAUCAAAUUUGACCAAUGAGAGGCGAGCACACUCCACUCAGCCAAUGAACAAUGGCAUUGGCUCAUCAAGCUCCGUGGGAAACGAUGACCCUGGAGUCAACUCCCCAAUGUCUGGCAGAACGUCCCGCAAAAAUCUGCCAUUGAUCCAGUUUAGGCACGGAAAAGUGCAAGGAUUGACGAAGACUCCUGGUCUUAACACAAAGUCCCCUCAUCCGGACGAUGGUAUGGUGAUUCGGGAUACGCCACCAACAAGGGACACAAAUGGGACCCCGGAUAGGUCAUACAGGUCCCUGUCUGUGUCCGCUAAACCCCAUAUGAACUUCUAGUUGUCAAUCCUCUAAAGAGAACAGGGCCUUAUUCAUAGCUCCUUAUGAAAACUUAAGAAAAUUUCUUUAAAACCUGAAUGUCCUGAAGUCUCUGGCUAUAUCAUUGACAUUCAUCUGUUUUUAUGCGUAAAAGGCUUCAUUUUGAACAGGUGAAAGGUCAAUUACGAUUUAUUGACAAUCAUUCUGUAAGCAAAAAACAUAGCAUUUUAUGUAUUUUAUUUCAGCUGAAAUUUUCACUGAAAAAAACUACAUAAAUUAAGAUUUCCAUACGGAGCUUUGACCCUGACCUAUAUUCUGAUAUGUGCUAAAGCUCUCUAGGCUGUAAGGGACGCAAUGAUUUUAUAUAUAUGCAGGUUUGAAUGAAAUUUAUUGUCAUGAUAUACAAAAUGUA